AUGACAGAGAUCGAAUCCACAAACUCAGACUCAGACCAUGACGAACCUCAAACUCAGAGUCAGACCAUGACAGACCUCAAACCCACAAACUCAGACUCAGACCAUGACAGACCUCAAACCCACAAACUCAGAGUCAGACCAUGGCAAAGCUCGAACCCACAAACUAUUUUGUUAGACAGAGCCAUCAUUAGCAGCAGCAGCAGCAGCAACAGCAGUAACAACAGAUGUAACAGGACCAUCAUUAGCAGCAGCAGCAGAAGCAGCAGUAAAAGCAGAAGUGACAAGACCAUCAUUAGCAGCAGCAGCAGAAGCAGCAGUAACAACAGAUGUAACAGGACCAUCAUUAGCAGCAGCAGCAGAAGCAGCAGUAAAAGCAGAAGUGACAAGACCAUCAUUAGCAGCAGCAGCAGAAGCAGCAGUAACAGCAGAAGUAACAGGAACAUCAUUAGCAGCAGCAGAAGCAGCAGUAACAGCAGAGGAAACAGGACCAUCCUUAGUAGCAGCAGCAGAAGCAGCAGUAACAGCAGAAGUAACAGGACCAUCAUUAGCAGCAGCAGCAGAAGCAGCAGUAACAGCAGAAGUAACAGGACCAUCAUUAGCAGCAGCAGCAGAAGCAGCAGUAACAGCAGAAGUAACAGGACCAUCAUUAGCAGCAGCAGCAGUAGCAGAAGAAGCAGCAGUAACAGCAUAAGUAACAGGACCAUCAUUAGCAGCAGCAGCAGAAGCAGCAGUAACAGCAGAAGUAACAGGACCAUCAUUAGCAGCAGCAGCAGUAGCAGAAGAAGCAGCAGUAACAGCAGAAGUAACAGGACCAUCAUUAGCAGCAGCAGAAGCAGCAGUAACAGCAGAAGUAACACAGGAGCUUCGUUUGUGUUUCAUCACUUCAAUAUUACUCAAAAGAGCCUGCAGACAGUACUAAAUAAGGAUAUUGAUGGCAAUAAUGCAGGCUCCCAAAGAGUUGUAUCAUAUUGA